AUGGAAUUAGAUAAACAGGUUCCCAUGAAACUACGAGUAAUCAAUUUUGCACGGUUAUUCAUCGCUAAGAUAGCUAGAUUUUUCUUUAGUAUCUACUAUUAUAAUGACGGUAAAAAGAUUCCUCCUAUAACUAGUGAUGUAUUGAAACUGCCUGCUAUUGAAGUUGCGAGGAAAAUUCGACAAAAGGAGAUAACAAGUGUGCAAGUACUAGAGGAGUGUAUACAGAGAAUUAAUGAUAUCAAUGGUCAGCUAAAUUGCUUCGUCGAAAAUAGAUUCGAAAAAGCUUUAAAAGAAGCUCGCGAGGCCGAUGAACUCAUACGCAGUGGCACUAAAACCCCGGAUCAAUUACUUCAAGAGAAGCCCUUCCUGGGUGUCCCUUUCACGACUAAGGACUGUAUGGCUGUAAAAGGUCUUCACCAAACUUCCGGGCUGGUGUCCAGGCAGAACUACAUAGCCGAUGAGGAUGCAGAAGUGAUCAGGCUGAUACGAGCAAAAGGUGCCAUUAUUAUUGGUCUCACUAAUGUUCCAGAAGUAUGUAUGUGGUGGGAAACUCACAACCAUGUUUACGGUAGAAGCAACAAUCCUUACGACACCACAAGGAUCGUAGGUGGAUCUUCAGGUGGGGAGGGGGCGAUGCAGGCGGCCGCUGGAAGUAUUUUUGGAAUCGGUUCCGAUAUCGGCGGUUCAAUUCGUAUGCCUUCAUUUUUCAAUGGAAUUUUUGGACAUAAGCCGUCGAGAAAUACAGUAUCCAAUCAUGGACAGUUUCCAUCUCCAAGUUCAGACUUUCUUCAUUCACUUUUAGGUGUCGGUCCUAUGACUAGACAUGCAGUCGAUUUGAAACCACUCUUGGAAGUAAUGUCCGGUAAAAACAGUGAAAAGCUAAAGUUAAAUGAACCAGUUAACGUGGGAAAACUUAAGGUGUAUUACCAGAUCAACAAUAACGCGCCACUAACAGAUCCAGUGGAUCCCGACAUUGAAACUGCUUUGUUAAAGGUGGUUGAAUAUUUGAAUGUAAAACAUAAAAUCGUAGCAGAAGAGAAAAACAUAGCGCUAUUAAGAAAGUCACUAGCUAUCUGGUUCUCAAAUAUGAAAACGGCAAAAUUCUUCGGAUCAUACCUUAUGGAAGAUUACAGCUUUUUAUCAAUUGUUAAAGAGAUAUUAAAAAACAUAAUAGGAUUAUCUGGAAAUACAUUAAUCGCGUUGUUUACUGCGCUCUUUGAUUACGGUGGGGAACAGUUUGAGAGUCCCAAGUAUAAAAGAUAUCUUAAGCUUCGAGAUGAACUGGAGAAGACAUUCUGUGAUAUGCUUAAAAAUGAUGGUGUAUUUUUGUACCCUACACACCCAACUCCAGCCUUAUAUCACAAUGAACCUCUGCUAAGAUCAAUGAAUUUUUCAUAUACAGCAAUUAUAAAUAGCCUUGGCUUUCCAUCGACUACUAUUCCUCUGGGAUUAAGCCGAGAAGGUCUGCCAAUUGGUAUUCAAGUGAUUGCAAAUCACAAUAAUGAUAGAUUAUGCCUUGCGUUUGCUGAAGAAUUAGAUAAGGCAUUCGGAGGCUGGAUUGAACCUCAGUCGUCUAAAUAA